AUGAAGAGGUUUCAACUAAAAGAAUAUCUCCAUUACAAUCUGGUGGUAAUGAAAUAUCUUGGGCUUUGGCCCAAAAAAGAUUUCACCUCCGACAAAUCGUAUUUGAUCUACACGAUCAUUGUUAAUGGAUUUUUCAAUUUUACAAUGAGCGUAGGCCUCACAGGGUACAUUUUAACAUCAUCAAAUCUUCUAGAAGAUGUUAUUGGUGCGGGAUAUAUCAUUCUCGGCAUAAUGGCCACUGCCAAAACAUUUUUUAUCAUGAAAUACAGUAAAAUGUUCAAGCUAUUAGUAGAUGCUGAGAUCCAUAGAAGUGUGAACGUAGAACUCAACGAGGAACAGACAAAAAUUCUAUGCGACUACGUGGGCUUUUGGAAAAAAGUACAUCUUAUUUAUAGUUAUCUCUCUGUGCUUGUUUUUUUUAACUACGUUACGUUACCGAUUUUUAGCAAAACGCCCUAUACCUUACCUUUGAAUUGUUGGUACCCUUUCGACUAUAAGAGACCUGUAGUUUAUGAAAUCGUUUAUUUUCAUCAGAGUAAUCAUGAUGUUAACGCUGACUUUUGGUUCCUGAGUGUUUUACAGCUAGGGGUGUGGGCAGAUUUAUACAUUUAUUGUUGGUAUGGAAACGAAGUUACUGAAAAGAGUAAGAAGAUUCCAUAUGCAGCAUUCGAGUCAAAUUGGGUCCCUGCAUCAAAAGGAUAUAAGAAAGACUUAUUGUUUUUCAUCUGUAGAACUCAAAAACCCAUAAAAUUAUACGCAGUUAAUUUCUUCGAAUUAUCUUUGAGUACAUUUAUUGGUAUAUUGCGAAUGGCAUAUUCGUACUACAUGUUACUAAGCCAGCUUUCUAAGGAUGAGUAA